AUGACCAAUCCUCAGCCUACAAUAGAAGGUGGUGUUUCAGAAGUUGAGAUAAUUUCACAGCAAGUGGAAGAAGAGACCAAAAGCAUUGCUCCUGUACAGCUUGUUAAUUUUGCUUAUCGAGAUCUACCUUUAGCUGCACUUGAUCUCUCUGUGGCUGGGUCCCAGCUUUUGUCAAAUUUGGAUGAGGAGUACCAAAGAGAAGGAUCUAACUGGCUAAAACCUUGCUGUGGGAGACGAGCAGCUGUGUGGCAGGUAUUUUUGCUCAGUGCAAGUCUCAACAGUUUCCUGGUAGCCUGUGUAGUAUUGGUGGUGAUUCUUCUGACUCUGGAGCUCCUAAUAGAUAUAAAGCUUCUCCAGUUUUCAAGUGCUUUACAGUUUGCAGGAAUAAUUCACUGGAUCAGCCUAGUCAUCCUGUCUGUUUUCUUUUCAGAGACUAUUUUGAGGAUUGUGGUCCUUGGCAUAUGGGAUUACAUUGAAAACAAAAUAGAGGUGUUUGAUGGUGCUGUCAUAAUCUUGUCCUUGGCACCAAUGGUGGCCUCAACAGUGGCUAAUGGCCCCAGCAGCCCGUGGGAUGCUAUCAGCCUUAUUAUCACACUACGAAUAUGGAGAGUGAAGAGGAUCAUUGAUGCCUAUGUCCUUCCAGUGAAAGUGGAGAUGGAGAUGAUGAUUCAGCAGUAUGAGAAGGCAAAGGUUAUUCAAGAUGAGCAGCUGGAAAGACUAACCCAGAUCUGCCAAGAACAAGGGUUUGAAAUCAGGCAGCUGAGGGCCCACCUCGCUCAGCAGGAUUUGGACCUGGCUGCAGAGAGAGAGGCUGCGCUGCAGGUCCCACACGUACUGAACAAACAGAGCAGCAACAGGUACAAGGUGGUAGCAACUGAAGAUUCGGAUGAUGAAGCCACCGAGAACAUCACUGAGCUGCGACCUCCACGAGGUGAGUGCUGCCUGUAGGAUGACAUGAAUAAUUACAUCAGUCGAUACCGCAACGAGCCUAGCAGUGACAGCGGCAUCCCUGAGGCAGCCAUCUGCGUGGUCACCACCGCUGCCAUCGAUGUCCAUCGCCCCAACAUCUCUUCUGACCUCUUCACAGUGGAGGUGCCAAUGCGCCUGGGCAGCACCGGGACGUCCGCCAGCAUCACAUCAGGCAGCGCCUCACGGUCGACUGUCAGCUCGGGCACCCAGGCCUGCAGUGAGAGCAGCCAGACGCUGGGCUCCUCCCCGGACUGCAGCACGGCCUGCGAGGAUGCUGCGGAGGCUGGCGCCGGCCCGCGGGCUGACCUUGCGCCCACCCGGCAGCGGGUGGCCCAUGCCAUGGUGCAGGAGCUGCUGUCCUCCCUGUCAGAAGAGGCCUGCCUGGCACAGAAGGGGCUGGAUCCUGUCAACCUGAAGCUGCCCAGCCCGGCCGGCUCUGUGGGGACCAGCCCUGACCUGGGCCACCGGCUCAGCGUCUACAACCGCAGGAACCAGGAAAGUCUCAAUGUCUUCCAGCUCAAGCCACUCAUCGACUGCCCACAGGGUGCCCCGAUGAUUGACGAGAAGUACGGGGCGCUGGGGCCCCCGGAGCCACGGCUGGGCAGGGUUCCCGAGGCAUAGGGACAGCCGUGGGGACA